AUGGGGCAGCCAACUUUCUCAAAGCGUAUUGAUCUCGAAUUUGACCGGCUGAGGAAUCUUCAGAUGAUAAAGUGGAAUAAUAAUCUUUUGGGAUUCCUUGAGAAGGCACGUACAUCACUUGAAUCGCCACGAAUACUGGGAAGACGAGACAUUUUCGGAAGAUCCCUUCUUCAUUAUGCUGCCAUGGGGGGGUGUACCGACCUACUUCUUUAUCUCCUCCAAAAGAAGCCAAAUAUUGAUUCACGAGAUAUGCACGGUCGGACACCUCUUUCCUGGGCUGCUGAGUACAGUUCACUGGCUGCUGUGAAAAUAUUGUUGGACCAUGGAGCAACCAUAAAUGCUAGGGAUUAUGAGAACAGUACUCCAUUGGCUUACCUACUCCAUGCAGGUAAUCCGAAUAACGCCGACCGAGAAGCAACGAAAGCUAUGCUUACGGAAAAGAAGAGUCGAAAUGCUUUGAAAAAGUCUUGGAUUUGGAUCUUGUCAUAUUUUCGACUGCGAUCCUAUGUCCGCUCGGAUAUUUGA